CACCGUCAUUUGCAUAGGCGCGGGGAUAAAACCGCCCCGCCAGCGAGCGCUCUUUAUACUGGCGUGCGGAGCGGCGGCGGCAGCGAGCGGCGGGGCUGAGCAUCACCGCGCGGCGACACCGAGUCACCUGCCAACAUGUCCGACAAACCAGACAUGGCCGAGAUCGAGAAAUUUGACAAGUCCAAAUUGAAGAAGACAGAGACGCAAGAGAAAAACCCCCUGCCUUCAAAAGAAACAAUUGAACAGGAGAAGCAAGCGGGUGAAUCGUAAUGAAAUCUGCCCUUCCAAAUUAUGCACUGUACAUUCCACAAGCAUUGCCUUCUUAUUUUACUUCUUUUAGCUGUUUAACUUUGUAAGAUGCAAAGAGGUUGGAUAAAGUUUAAAAUGACUGUACUGCCCCUUUCACAUCAAAAGAAUAGAGAGAACUACUGACACUGAAUGAAGGCGCUGCCUUUCCCUCUGCCUGUCUGGCUUUGGUCCUGGUGGCAUGAAAGAGCUUGCAUGUUGAUGAAAGAAGAACUUGGGUGGGACUACAGUAAACUAGAGUAACACACGAAUAAAUGCAAAGCUGUACCAAGGUCCUGCGAGCUGUAAAAUGCAGUUAAUCGAGUGCCAUUUUUUUUUUUUUUGUUCAAAUGAUUUUAAUUAUUGGAAUGCACAAUUUUUUUAAUAUGCAAAUAAAAUGUUUUAAAACCUG